UGCGCUUGUGCUGAACGCAGACUCACUCAACAGCCACCAUGAUUUCCUAGCGAUUCGAAAACAUGGAAUCGUCAAGGAGAUAUCACUUUGUUUCAGUUUAUGGAAUCGUUUUAUUUAUCGUCUCAUGGCUGGUUAUCCAAGGUGAUGGCUGUCCUGCAGAUGGGCGUGUGUGGGUGCCUUCUGGCCAAAGCUGCUACCACUUUGUUCAUGGAGACGAAGACAUCUUAAAACUCUACUCCCGUGAAGAAGCUAAAGAAAUGUGCAGAGAAUAUGGCCUUUUGACAGUCAGCAGUGCUAAAGAAAAUGACUUUGUUGUGCAGUAUGGUCACAAGGUCUGGAAGAAAGAAAUUGAUGUGUGGCUGGGAAUGUAUUACAGCGGCGACAAGGACACAUUCUUGUGGGAUGAUAACAGUCCUCUGGAUUUUGAGAACUGGAGGUCAACAGGUCCCGAUGACACUGGCCUGGCCCUUGCAGACGAGUGUGUCAGUCUAUCCUCCACCACGGGAAAGUGGGAGAUAGUUAGCUGUUCAGACGACUCCCUCAGUGGCGUCGUCUGUAAAACGGCUCAAGAGCCAGAAGGCGCAGGCAAAAACAAGGGGCAUCCUCUUCUGUCUGCAUUGGUCAUCCUGAGCGUGAUUGUCAUUCUGGCUGUUUCCUCUGGCAUCUGGUUCCUUCACCUGAGGAGUAAGGGUGGCACCUCCAUUUUGCCAUCCUUUGAGUACCAUCCGCCCUUCCGAUCUCCCGGUGCCGACCAGACGUGUCUGGUGGAAGCCCAGGAGACGGAUGAGGUGCCUUAGAGAGCCGUGUAUCUGACAUCUACGUCUGCCUUUCUGGGCUCCGGUUUGGUUUCAACUGAGUUUUUGGAGAUCUGAGCAAGAAUAACUCGUAACUUACACAAUACAAUGACUGUAAAAUUUGAUUUCAUAGUGAUUUCAUAACUUGUCCUUUGUAAUAUUCGUAAGAAGCCAAACACUGUUUAACACAGUCUUCAGCAAACAGUACGACGUGUAGGUUGCCUCUCCUGAAAUCCUGUUGGGUCCCAUAGUUUCACCAACACCCUUCAUUUCCAUAACAUAAGGGUCAUGGAGGGGUGAAGUAUGUUUUCCUUCAUGUGUGCAUGUUGUAUCCAAAUAAAGAGUUUGUUUUACGAUGAAUUCCAUUGCAGAAGAAUCAAAAGUACUUGCCUGCCCCCCCCCCCC